AUGGCGGUUGGACAUGCACAAAAUCACCAAGGUAAAAGAAUCGACAGUAUUAUCGAUCAUCAAAAUCAAAUUAAAGAUUCUAUAGAAGCCUUCUUCUACAAACCAAAAUCAAUCAAACAUAUACGUUCUAUAUGGCAACAAAAGAUUGACGGCAAAGUAGAAAAACAGGACAAGAAGGAACUGGAUAUUUUAGAGAUUGUAGAGAAAAAGAUGAACUUAUACCUUCUUAUUGUGGUGAUCCUAGCUGUACGUGGGGUCAUCAUCUCCGACUUCAUGUCCAGAAAUCCAACUUACGACAACAGGGCAACUCUAUCAACCAAUAUUAUAUCAACACUUAUUUUCAGAAGUUCCCUGCACUGUGCAUCUCAUUGUACAAGAAAUGACGAGUGUAAAUCCAUCAUGUUUAACAUGGACACUCAUUCUUGCCAACUUCUAUCCGUUCACAUGUCAGACACAGGGCCACAAACGUACACUGGAUGGCUGUAUUAUGAGAAAAAAUUUGAUUGUUCAAUCUGGCACCAACGUUUAGGUCACUGGUAUAUAUUGGAUACCAACGAGAGAACAUUCAAUGAUUCUCGGUCGUUUUGUGCUAGUCUGUCCCCACCGUCUUACGUCAUUGAAGUGAACUCCCAAGCUGAGAAUGACUGGCUCACUGAGUUAACCUUGUCCCAUUGUGGAAUGGAUACUUUCUUCUGGCUGAACGGAUACGAUACGGAUAAUUCCGGUACGUUUACGUGGAUUAAGAGUCAAACUCCGACAAACUACACCAACUGGUACACAGCUCAACCGAAUGAUAAUCUUGGAACCGGCUCUGAAAAAUGUAUUGCAUCAGGUACCGGAUAUUUUGAAGGAUGGCAUGAUAUGCCAUGCUCAUGGACGUUUCCGGUUGUUUGUGAAAGGGAUUUAUAG